AUGAGCCCUUUUCUGACAAGCGGGAGACCCGAUGAACCAACCAACUUCAGUCCCGGGAUCAAAGUAGCCGUUAUUGGUGCUGGUGUGAGCGGGAUUUGUGCAGCCGCUUACCUGCUCAAAGAGGGUGCCGACGUCACGGUAUUCGAGCGGUCCGACGUCACCUCUGGCGUGUGGCACUAUGACCCCAGGGCAGCGACAGAUACAAAGUACCCUUCUGAGAAACCCUCAGCUGGCGACUAUACGACCUCCAUUCCUGGACAGUUCUCACUAAACGCCAGUCAAUCAAAGAAUUAUAGUGAUGGCAAUAGACAUCCCCUGGACUCUGGAGACGAGAAUGCUCUCAACGUCGCAUUCUCUCCCCCAGGUCCUGCAUACUUCGGCUUGCGAAACAACGUCCCGACAAGUCUUCUUUAUAGCAACCUCGGUUCAUGGCCACAGGGUACGGAGGAUAUAACCGGCCACGCUAAUAUUCAAAGCUACCUGCAAGGGCUUAGUAAACAGCAUGGAGUCGACGAUGUUACUGUCUUUCAAACACGUGUCGAAGACGUCGUAAAGAGCGACGACGAUAGUUACUGGAAUCUGAGAACCAUAACUCUACACAAAGGCGACGGCGAACCGAAAUUCACAGAGCGGAACUGGAAGUUCGACGCCGUUGUGGUGUCAACAGGUCAUUACAACCUGCCUCGAAUUCCCGAUACCCCAGGACUAGCUGAGUGGAAAGCUCACUUUGGAGAUGCCGUUAUACACACGAAGCAAUAUCGUCGCCCGGAGCAGUACGCAGGCAAGACAAUUCUUGUUGUGGGUGGAGGAGCCUCGGCAUAUGAUGUUUGCCGUGAAGUAAGCGAAGUGGCCAAAAAGGUCAUUCAGAGCACUAGAGGAGGAGACUUUGAUCUGCCGGCUUCAAUGUUCCCUGAUAACAUCGGGCAUGUAGGGGCCAUUGAGAAGUUCGUGUUAGAGAAGGAUGAGUCGACAGGGUCGGUCAAUACCUCGGUGCUGUUGCAGAACGGCCAAGCUCUUGAUGAUGUUGACGGUAUCAUUUUGGCAACGGGCUACCUUACAUCUUAUCCGUUCCUUCAACAAUACCAUCGCGAUGAUGUGGCUGUUGAUGACGCAACACGAGAGAUCCUCGUCACUUCGGAGGGAAGCAUGGUCCACAACCUCCACAAAGACAUUUUCUACACCGAGGACCCAUCGUUGUCAUUCAUCGGCGUUCCCUACUACACGGCAACUUUCUCCCUGUUCGAUUUCCAAGCACAAGUCCUCGCUCGGGUCCUCACAGGCAAGACAACCGUCCCUAGCCCAGAGGCUUUGAGGCGAGACUACGAUGACAGGGUUGCUAGCAAGGGACGUGGACGUAAAUUCCAUAGCUUGGCGGGUGAUGGGGAGGAGGUUGAGUACGUGAGGGACUUGCUGCACUGGGCUAACACAAGUCUUGUGGAUGGUGAAAGUGAGCCGCUAAAGGGCCAUUCGAAGGAAUGGCUGGAUACGUACCACGAGCAGAGAGAAAAGCGGAAACUUUUGAGAGUUGCUAAAGAUGCUGAGCCAGAGGGGCUUUGGGCGCGGGCAAGUGAUUUGGAAAAGGCUUGA